UACCUAGCUCCAGCGCUGUUAGAGGCAACUACGGUUUGAACCAUACCCCGCUUUUCUUCUACCUACCUACCUAGGUAGGUACUUAUUACGAUACUUGGUGGAAGCUUCACCCAUUCACCAACACUUCUUCUUUCCAUGUUAAUUCUUGGUCGAGAUAUUCCUCUUGAUUUUCACUAUUGAAUUAAUAUAUGACCUACAGUAACUGAUAAUGAACAUGUUAUCCCCAUCAAAGAACAACAAAUCCUCCACUGAGAAGUAAACAACUUCAGACAAUUCCAUGGACGCAAUUUGAUGAAUGAGAUACCAUCCUCAAGCUUGGGAAUAUGGAAGAGCUACUCAUUCCCGUGCGCCAUACUUAUCGCAAGACUAGCCAAAAUGAUGAUUUAUUCAAAUUAUCUGAACCUACCAACCCUUCCCCUGAAGUCAAGGUCGACUUUCGUGGUUCGUCACCAGAGGAAGCUCUCGAAGCUCUGAAGAACCAGCCAAGCUACGACAUCCUUAUAUCUAUAUUGAAAUACCUACAAAGGGGGUCGCAAGGUAUUCAUGGCUUCGAUAUACGAAAACCUGCGCCACAAAGUGCACAGAUCGUACAUGUCCUAGUCACCGAAAUUGUCCCCAAUUAUUGGACUGUGUUGCGAGAUACGUCUGCCAAUUCAAGAGAAGGGGACAUUGGAAAGUUAGUCUCUUGCUUGCGAAGCCUCACAGGUAUUAAUGCCGUGCUGGCAUAUCUGCGUGCUCUAUUAAAGGAGGCAAAGUCAGACUUGAAAGCGCUUAAAGACUCUCACGUUGGUUUUAACCUGGGUUUUAUUCUGGAGUUGCUCUCUAGCCUCCUCUAUGCUGACAAUGACUUGAGAGUGAUCUGGAGCAGCAUCAAUUCCUUGGGCAGCCCAACGCAACUUCGACGACCUAUGCGCCAAGAGUAUCUUUCAUUAUUCACAAGCGGGAAAGUUGUCUCCCUCUCUGCGGAAGCCCAAGAUAUUUGCCGCCAAGCCGGUCAACUCAAGCAUGAUAAUUGGAUAAGCAAUAUUAAGUCAUAUACUGAUUGGCUUGGUCGAAAUAUAGUCGAUUGGGUUCGGUCGGCGGUCGGCCAAGAUGAUCUGAAGUUAUGCGCUGAGAUAGCGACGCGAGCAAUGCGGUUGGGGAAUCCUGAAAAUCUUGUCGUUUCUCUAGCUACAGAAUUGCUUUUUCGAGAUCUAAAUGAACAAACAAAAUUCGGAGAAUUACUUGGAUUUAUUUCCCCACUCGAGCAGCGCAGAAUACUUGGGCUGAUCUUAAAGCACUUCUCAGAUAAAUAUCUAAAUGCUGUAGAGGGCAGCGACGCGAAAAGAGACGCAUCUAUUAUUGCAGCAGUAUCUGGAGUCUUGAAGACAAUUGCCGAAAAUGACGAGGCAAGAAAGAACAUUCUUGUCAACUGGUUGACUAGUGGAUCUGGUGCUGGAAUUGGUGAGGGAUACGGAAUUAGAAGGGCUGCUAUUGCUGUCUUUUCUGACGAUAAGGAGACAAUGACCACCAUUUUGGAGAAAAGCCUUGGCCAAUUUGGAGACCAGCUGUACAUCAAGCAUGCGCCAUUGCUCCAGCAGGACGUCCAUGCUCAAGUAUUGCUUCUCAGCGCCGGAUAUGUCCACAGGACUGCACCCAUUAAACUCACCAUACUAUUACGAUCAAGCGCCUACCUAAAUGCUGUUUCUAACCGCAUUGGCGCUCCUCAACAGCGCGCUCGCUUUUUAGGAAUGGUUGUUGGCGAGGUACUCUCGGGACUUGUACACGGAAAAGAAACUAAACUUGAUUUCAAAAUAGACGAGAUGGAUACUGAAGAAGCACGAUGGUAUAAGUCGUUGGUCCAAGUGUCCGAUAAAGCCGGUCCUCUAGAUCCAUUGAAAGAAUUGGUUGCCUCUCCACAGCCCAUCGGAAAACCUAAGUCGACAAAACCUAUAGGGAGUACUGCUCGAAGGCCUGGAAAACCCCCUGCCCAAACAGGAUUUAUUAUCGAAGAGAUACAAGAUGACGACGAAGGAGAGGAUACAGACUUGGUACCCUACGCAAAGCCGGAUUCCGACCUCGAAGAUUCGGAUGAUGACCCUACACUCAUUAAUCGCAACAAACCGAAGGCCCCUGUAUAUAUCCGAGACCUUAUUUCUUUUUUUAGAGAUACAGAGAAUUAUGACAGGCAGAAACUGGCGCUGACGACGGCUCCCACGCUUAUUCGCAGAAAAGCGAAUUACGGCACGGAAGUCAGCUCGCAUGCUGAAGAGGUUGCUACCCUUCUUGUUGGCUUACAGGAUAAAUACGACCUUGACAAUUUCGACAAUUUGCGGCUUCAGGGAAUGGUCGCGAUUGUAGUUGCACAACCGAAAAAAAUGGGACAGUGGUUUGCAAAAACAUUUUUCGACGGCGAUUAUUCAUUGUCUCAGCGGGCAUCUGUGCUAAUUGUGCUGGGUCUUAGCGGCCGAGAAUUGGCUGGCUUCGAAACAUCAGAAUACGCCUCUUCUGCACAGUUCCCUUCUAAAGCUCUACCCGCUAAAGUUGAAAAACAUUACAUCGCAUCUCUACCCACGAAUAACCUGGGAAAUUCAACAACCAAUUUAAAGCCUCUCCCUCCCAAUGCACUAGACAACCUUGCCCAUACCCUCUCCCAAACAUUCCUCGCCCCGCUUGCCGCAGAGGCAGCUGAUGUAGCGACCGGGCCAGACGCUCUGAAACUGUCAUCAUUUACAUCGCGACUAAAUUCACCAGCUUCUAACUCCGCGAAGAGCAAAGCGAAACCUCGCGUUCGCGCCAUACCCAAUACUACAGCCUCACUUAUCGCGUCGUCAUUUUUCUUCCCUUUAACAUCACGCUUUCAGGCAGUGAUGCACUCGUCAUCCGCUACAAUGAGGGGCAUUCUUUUCCAACCGUAUCUCUUAACACUAUACCUCAAAACACUAGCUUUGCUGCUCCACGCAGCGGGCCCUAGUACACUUGCGCUACCACAAAUGACGGCUGAGUUCUGGGAUUUACUCCUGGGAGUAAGAGGUCAGUGCGUUGGUGAUUUGAGCGUCACGCAAGCGGUAUUAUUCGGACUCGUAGCCCUGCUAGAUGUGAAUGAAGUUGAUAUGCGUGGACUUUGCGAAAGACAUGGCCGGGAGGUGGUCGAGAGUUCUGAGUGGGUGAACGGUGUUUUUAGUAACACACGAGGUGGCGAUGUAAGUGGCGAAGGUGGGGGUGAGGAGAAUGAGGUGAAAAUGCUGGCGGCGGGUGUCCUUAUUAGACUACGUGAGGCCGUUGAUAAGUAUCAAGCUGUCCUGAUGGGGGAUUUGAUAGGAUUUACGUAGAUGAAUGUAAGAAGAAGAUCAUUUACGAAUCGCCAUGAAGGUCCUUGAAACUAUGGUGAUAGGAGCGAUUCGCGAAUAUGUAGAUGUAUCAACCUUCUUAUUAACAUAAACGGCAAGCAAUUUUGGUAAUAAUUAACAUAGCAAUCUCAUUUAUACC